UUCACAUCGGACGGCUGUGGUCUUUUCUCGUGGUAAGCCAUUGAGUCAGAAGCCUUCAGCCAUGUCCUUGAGCGGAACUGUGACCUCCUACAACCCCCACAAGGGCUGGGGAUUUAUUGAGUGCAAUGGCAAGGACGUCUUCUUGAACAGGCGCCAGUGCGGGGGCUACUGCUUGUCCAAGGGCAUGAAAGUCUCCUUCAACGUGACCCAGGGGGAGAAGGGGCAGCAAGCCACAGAGGUCAAGGUUCUGGUGCCCCCCGAGGAGGCCAUGUACCACGGUGAGAUCAAGUCCUUCAACCCCACCAAGGGCUACGGCUUCAUCGGCUGCGAGGCGUUCCCCGGUCAAGACGUCUUUGUGCUCAAGUCCGAGUUGCCCGGGGGCUUCGCACCACAAGGAGGUCACUGCAAGUUCAAGGUGAAGACCGACAGCGAGAAAGGCCCCGCGGCCACAGAUGUGCAGCUGUUGGGUUUGGCCGGCAAUCAGUAUCAACAGAUGAAGCAGAUGGCCUUCUACGCCGGCUUCAAGGGUUUUGGUGGCUUCAAGGGUAAGGGCUUCGGCAAGGGCAAGGGACCUCGCGUCGAUCCUUCUUUGAAGGUGUGGAUCGGCGGCCUUGCGCCUGGAACUGAGGAUCAUGGGAGCACAUGAACCAGGCUGGUAAGACCAAGUGGGUGGACGUGUUCGAGGGCAAGGGCGCUGGCACGGGGACGGCUGCCUACAACACCCCCGAGGAGGUCGCUGCAGCGAUUGCCACGCUGAACGGGACGACCUUCGGCAGCUCACAGAUCACCGUCGAUGCCUGGGUCAAGACGCCAAAGGAG